CUGGACCCCCACCCUCUAGCUUGGCCUGACCCCAGCUCGGCUCACCCCAAGGCCCCCCAGGGCAGGGUGGGGCUGGUGUUCCAGCCCUGGCCUCAGAGUGUGCAUGUCCUUGGGUGUCCUGAGUAAUGAUGACCUUGGCCCCCUGCUCUGCGGGGCCCUGGCCAGGGUCCCGGGGGACAUGGGGCUUUGGCAUGUGCAGGCCUCUCCUUCCCCACCCGCAAGUCGGGGAUGGUGCCUGGGGCUGAGGGGAUAAGAGCCCGACCUACUUCUCCAUUUUCUCACUAUUUUUCAAAAGGAAAAUGACCCACUUUUCAGCCAAUAGGACUGGGGCCUGUUCCCAGGCUGAUUCCCUGAGCCCCCCUGCCCAGGCCUCUGCCCCAUCCUCAGCCUGUUAGCCACGUGCUGGACCCACUUCCUAAAGGGCAGCAGGUGAACCCGAGUGGAGGGGCCCUGCCCUGCCAUCGUGCCCGGCUGGGGGAGCAGCCUGUGCUCUGUGGGGCAGGGGUGGGCCGAGGCCCGACUGGUCCCACGUGUGCUCCGCUUUGAGCAGACCCCGUUGUCCGCUGCAGUCCUGGGCACUUUCAGUGUCUCCAUAUACUCCCAGGAUGCAUCUCGAGGAGGGGCAGGGAGGGCUCCUAGGAUUGGGAGGAGGAUUGCACCCCUCCUCUCACCUUGUUUCAGUGGGAAGUGGCCGUCUUCCCAGGCCACACUAUUCCAUGUGGAGGGGAGAGUCUGUGGGAGUGGAGAGCCGUGUCUGUCUGUCUGUCUGCCUGCCUGCCGGCCAGAGUUCUUCCCAGAGCACCCUCCUAGAGGGUUCUGUCUGUGCCUCUCUUUCCAAGCCCCUCCCCCUGUCUGGGAUAUUGGUCUGGGCCUCAGAGCCCCCUCCCUCCCUCAGCUAUAUUGGCCUGGGCUGACUUGGGGGGUGAUUAGGGAUUUAAUUAUUUAGUUUCUCCAGCUCAGUAGAUUAAUUCCAUCCAUCACAGGCAAGCUGAGCCUUCCUUCCCUCCCUGGACUGCCUGGCCAGCCCCAGAGAAAUGGAGCAUCAUUGCUCACCUGGGCCUAGUACUGGAUCUGGGAACAAUGGAUAAAGUCCUUAUUGGGGGAGGAUGUGGUGUAUGACACUGAGCAGAUGUGGGUGCCUAAGUGCUGUGAAAUGCACAUGCAUAUCUGUCAUGUGGGGAUGAACAUGUGAACAUGUAUUUAAGGUCUUGUAGCUGUGCAGCGUCUAUGCACAUGAGUAUCAAUAUCUAUUGGGUAACAGUGCACAUGUGUAUGAACACUGUGAAGACAAGUUUGUGUGUAUCUGUGUGUAUUAUGUGACCAUGACUAGGUAUGUGAGGACAGAUGCCAUGUAAGUUGUGUGUGGAUGGCUGCGUGGCUAUGUAAUUAGUCUCUGGAUGAACAUGAGUGUUAAUUUGUGAAUGAGCAGUCUUGGGGACAUGUAUGGCAAGUGUGAGGGAGAGGGAGCAGAGAUGGAGGUUUCCUGAGGCUGAGAGAUGAGUCGGGGCACCCUGGACUCCACCUGCUGGCCUCAUCAGCCCAGUGUGGUCAGGGAGACAUGGCACUUUAGACGUACUCUGCUCACUGGGGCUUGGUCUCCUAGAGGUUGAGAGUGUCAGGCCUGGACUCAGACCUAGAUUCAAAUCCUUCUUUCACCACCCGUGUGACCUUGGGCAAUUUUUUUUAUCUUUCUAAGCCUCAGUUUCCUCAUCCGUAAAAUGGGAGUAACAAUAGUACCUACUGCAAAGAAUAGUUUUGAGGGUUAUACGAGGAAAUGUAUCUUUAAAGUGCUUAAUACCAGGCCUGUGUGGUUGUAGGCUUUCAGAGAGCCAAACCUUAGACUUCAGAGUCGAAAGGCCCCACAGGUUGUCUGGUCUGAAAUGUGUUCAGUGCUUGAAUCCACUCUGUACCAUCCUGCAGAGUGGUCGUCCAGCCUCUGGUUGCAUGCCUCCCUGAACAGGACACUCUUUAGGAAAACCACAUCGCUCUGGACUGGCUUUGCCUGCUGGGCAGUUCUGGUCCAGCUGCAGGGAGUCAUUGCCCUCUUGCGUUUUCCCGUUUCUCCCCCUUUCCCCAUGCCUCAGCUGUGGGGUACUACUUGAGGGCUCAGUCGCUGACCCUGAACUCAUUGAACACCUGCUGUAUGCCCUGUUUGGCCAUACAGAGAUAGAUCACGUGAAUCCUGGCCUUCGAGGAGCUCACAGCCUGCAAAUAACUAUUGACCCCACAGUGCUAAAUACAGAUAAGGGACCCCAAAGGCGGUAGCAGCUGCUGUGUCCUGGCAUGGACGGGAAGGGCACUCUUAGGGAAGGCUUCGUGGAAGAGAGUACACCUGAGCUGCCUCAGAGGGUAAAGCUGGGAGCACACGUCAUCCAUAUGAAGGGAUCUUGCAGUCUGUGCAGCCUCUUCUCUGCAUGUGCUCUGUCCCUAGCUCCCAGCUGUCUUUUCUCCUCCUGAGCCCAGAAAUCCAGAGAGGAGAGCAGAGGCUUAGAUAUCCCUGUGUCUGGGACAGGGGCAGGAAGAGCUGAGUGGUGGGAGACACCACUAUGUGAGCCCCACAGUCAGCCAAGCAACCAGCCUUCCUGGGGCCCUGUGGGGCCCAGGUGUGUGCUUGACUCCCCUGUGGGAGGGACCCAAAAGGUGCUGGAAGCUCCUGUCCCAGCUCACAGAGAUAGCUUUCAGGACAGUGUGCUAACCCAGGAAGCAGUUCUAAACUCUGGACCCCAUAAGGGGACCAGACACCUAGGCCAGUGGGUAGGAAAGGCUAUGGGCCUGGCCUGGCUGAGCAGCUUCUAUCCAACAGUCCCCUGCCAUGGGCUUGAACUUCCACCUCUUGUUUUCUAGUGGCAGGCUCAGGUGUGGCACACCCUGGAGGCCAGGACAAUACCAGGCCAAAUCACAUAUAGAUUGAAGAAGGCACUAGGGUGCUAUUGCCAUGGAUAGAUCAGCUAAGUCACUCAUUGCCAUAACCUAAGGAGGGAGGUUUUGUUAUCACUAUUUUAUAGAUGAUAAUACUGAGGCUCAGAUAAAUAAAACAAGUUGUUCAUGAUCAUGCAGGUAGGUUGUGAUAUAAUGGAUGGAGGUGGAUGACUGUCUCUCCAAUACCCAGCUGUGAGGUCUCUGGGCUUUCCCUUCCAGAUCCUUGGACUUGGACAAGAGACCAAGCCCUGGCUGCUGGGGUUUGUGGGGGUCUGUGAAUCAAGGGCCUCUGAUCUUCUUAGAUGCCACCAUCCUUGGCCACCAGGGCUGCUUUACAGUGUUCUGUAUGCUCAAGCUAUGGGAGGUCUUCAUAAGGAGCCCAGGCAAACAGAAAUUUCUAGGUGUAUGAACAAAUGCAUUUUCAGACUACUCCUUUCUGAUCCCAACUGAAGUCUGGUAUGGCUACAGCCUCUGCCCAAAGCUGUCUGAGAAACCCCUUCGGUGCCCCUGUUUCUAGGUCUCAUGCAUUUAAGUGGUUUCUUCCUAGUUAGCAAAAGCUAACACUCAGCACUGUGUCAGGCAUUUUACCUGCAUUAUCACAAUCCUCGUGACAUCACCAUGAGAAAGGGACUAUUCUUGCCCUGUUUGAAAAUGGGGAAACUGAACUUGAGAUAGAUGAAGGGACUUCCUUAAAGCUACACGUCUAGUAAGUGGUGGGCCUGGGAUAAGAACUCAGUUUGGCCCAAGACACAGAAGCCACAGUCUGUGUCACCACCUGCCCCUAAGUGGGGUCCUGUGGAAAUUCUGGUCUGGGCGUCCUCCCUCUCAGUAGACAGCCUUCCCCACAGAAGGCUCCUGGGGACCUUCAGGAGGGGGAGAGGGGAAAGUGGACGUGACAAGGCAGCACAGCCUGAGAACUGGCCCAGUUGACAGAAAGGGAAGAGAGCUGAGAAUGAGCCGGAAGCAGCUGGCCGUGGCUGCAAUUAGGGGGUAGGAGCGGGUGAGGCUGAUCAGGCUGACUCGUGUCUCAAAGGGCCUUUGGCAGCCCUGGAGAAGGAGGAAGUCCAAACUUUGCUUCCAGUGCCUGUUGGGUACAUGGGCCCCUGGGAAAGGAUGGGGGACCCAGUAAGUCUGGGUGAAGAGACCUACUUGGGAGGCGGUGGGCCCGAGGCCUGCUCCUGCAGCUCAGCCUUGAGACCCCCUCCUCUCAGCCUCCUUCUUUCUCUCUGCAGUGUGGGGAGGGUCACCUUUUCCCUUUUUCCUCCUCCUUCCCCCUACACUGCCUUUCCUAAACUAUGCAGAGAGGGACAUGGGGGGAGAACUAGAUGUGGCUGGAACAGAGCCAUCUUUACCUGCCACUCGAAGAGGCUAGAAGAGCAUGAUGACCAAGGCUGGGUUUGGAGGCUGGAUUUCUAAUACCAAGUCCUCCAGAGCUCUCCAGAGCAUUUAGAAGGAAAAGGGUGGGCUUUCUGUGGGCUGUUGUGCACAGGAGCAGAGUAGAUGGGGGCAGCAAGGGAAGACAUUCAUUCAUGUAAAAAAUAAAUAUUUUUCCCGCACCUGUUAGUUCCAGGCAGUGUUUUAGACACUCCAAAUACUGCAGCUUGCAAGACAGACACAGCCCUUGCCCUUUUGAAGUUUAUGUUCUACUAAGGGGAGAUAUACUAUAAACAUGUAAUAGACAAAGAAAAUAAUUUCCAAGGGCAAUAAAUGCUGUGAGUGCAACAAAACAGGGUGAUAGAGGGCGUACCCAGGGUUGAGGCUCAACUUUAGUUAAAGUGAGUGGUCAGGGGAGGCGUCUCUGAGUUGAGCCCCAAAAGAUGAGCCAGAGGAAGCCAUGGGAAUAUCUGGGGCAGAGUGUUCCAGCAGCGAGAACAUCAAGUGCAAAGCCCCCUGAGGUGGGAUUUUCAAAGAGAUUAUAGGUAGUGUGGGUUAUUCACAGGCUGAGCACUGUCCAAUGGGUCAGGAGAUGGAUUUAGACUUGUAUCUGCCUAAAUGUCACGAGUGUUUUGGAGCUAUAAACCCAUUUUCUGUAAAAUUCCUGCCCUGAGCCCUUGGAAGAGUUGAUUAAAUAAGGUAAUAAAGGUCAAUGAAUAAGAUCAUAAACCCCCUUCCUUCCAUUAGGUUCCUUCUGUAUUUUCUGGGGCAGUGAGGGUAGGAAAAGGAGGAUUUUCUUGGGGUCUUAGGGAAUGGGGUUGGGCACAAGGCAUGCUGAGUCUUCAGCUACAGGGCUGGGUAGUGGGAUGGAGGGAGGCCAGGGACUAGGGCACCAGCCCAGCCAUAGAGAUUCUGCCAAGGGCAAAGCCAGUGUCACAUUGCUCAGGGGGGGCUCAGGCAGAACCGGAUGCAGGAAGAGGGGAGGGGCCGGGGGAGGAAUGCCUGUCCGUGGGUCAAGGUGAAUAAUCAGGAGUGUGAGCUGCAGGUCAGAAGCUCUGUGUAGGGCUCCCAUUGUCUCCCCUAUUCACAGUGCACGCACGGCCUCAGCUACCCAAGCUGCUGGCAGGUCAGGGGGUGGUGCAGGGCUGGACAGAGAAACUGAGGUAGAAUCCUGGCCCUGCUGGUUCGGACAACACAGGGAGGGGGGCAGGGUAGGCAAAGCCUGAAACUUUGAGACCCUAAGGAUGCACAUGGCUCAGAGGAGCUCAGGCUGACAGCAGCAAGAUGAAUUCUAGGCCCCGCUUGCUGUCAGUUCUGCUGUGUUGGAACCAGUGUGGGUGCGGCUUCAUAGGCUCCAUGAGGAGACUGGACAGGGCUGACCCCAAGCAAGAGGGCAGCUGUACCCUUUUGCUGUUAUCUAGACCAUCAUGUCCAGCUUGUAGCUCUCCCAGACAGCUUCCUGGGGAAGGAGCGAAUCAGCUAAUAUUUGAUUUUUGAAAUCUUUAUCUUUGCCCAAGGCAUCACUUUGUGUCAACCUCUGAGAGACUGGCCUUUGUCAAACACACCUGGAUCCCUGGGUGCCCAGAUGUGGACAGUCUUGAGGAAGAACUACUUAUCUUUUCCCCAGCUGAGUACCUCUGGUCUUAGAUGGUUGUCUGGAGAGAUUAAGUGACCUCCCCAAGGUUACACUGUAAGCCAACGGAGGAAAUAAUGAAAAUGAAAGUACAAAUAAUGAUAGCUACCUUUAUUGAGUAUUUACCAUGUGCCAGGUACAGUGCUAAGGGAUUUACAUACUUUACCUUGUAACCAUCACAUCAUUAGAACCUUUAUUGAUGGCUCUAAUAUUAUCCCCACUUUACAGAUGAGAAAACAGGUUAAGAGAGGAGAAUCACUUGCCCAGGUAUCCAUAUCUAGUAAGUGAGGGACUCACUAUUUGAGUCCAGAUAGUCUGAUGUAAGAGUCCACACCAAUAACUGCUUUGAUCCAGGGAGUUGCCUACGUCUCACGAAAGGAAAACCAACGGGUUUGUCUGGGCAGGGCCCUGGGGAGAGGGAGAGAAAACACUCUGACUCCUUCCUGGGCAGCCCUUUUCCUUCCCCCACUUUCCAUUCUUUUUCUGGAAGGUAAUUGCUUGGGGCAGUGACAACCUCCUGGCGAAUUACACAGCUGGUUUCCCAGUGAGAUUUGUAACAACAACCCCGCCAGCCUGGCAGCCCCCAGCAAGUUCCGGUUUAAGAAACUAAUUGCUGGAUUGUGUAGUUGGUGCUAAAUUGGGUAAUUUCUUGGUGACGGCAUCUGUGCCACUUCUUCCAUUCCCAGAUAGAUUUGAGCUGCAUCAGAGAAGAAUUUGUCACACACAGCACCCUCCUGGACUCCUUCACUCCCCACUUCCCAGCCAGUCCACAGGCAGUUGCAAAAGUGGCUGCUUCCCUUGGCCCAGAGGUUUGCCAUCUGGGCAGCCCUCUAGGUCCUGGAGUCGUGGAUAGAUGACUUAGUGCAGUGAAAGGGGAAAAUAACACCAGCACCCAGAGUUGUCACAAGGCUUCUGGGAGCAUCCUUUAUUCUGUACUUAUAUGCCCUUGGACUUGGUAUAAACUGCGUGCUCACUGUACAGAGGAAAAGGUUAAACCAUAUUCUGAUUAGCUCUGGAGGCCGUGAUAUGUGUGAGGUGUUUUUAUUCGUUUGCUUUUUUGUUUUUCUCUUAAAAACAGAGACCAGAUUCACUUUCAUUACUGUGUUCAUUUCAGAAUGGCAUUUAAAUAAGUUUGACUUCACUGGGCUGGCAGUGCAGAUAGGAGAAAAGCUAAGGCUUUGGAGUCAGGCAACACUGGAUUUGACUUCUGGCUUUGACACCAGCUCAGUGUGACCUUGGGCAGGUCACUUAGCCUCUCCAAGCCUCAGUUUCUUCUUCGGUAAGUUGGGAGGAGCUAAUAUUAUCUAUACUUUGGAAUAUCAGAGGUGAAAGGAUCUUGUUCUUUGUAGGAGCAUAUUCACUCAACAAACACCUGCCCUAUGCUAAGCAUUGUUAUAGGGACUGGGGAGAAUGCAGUGAAUGAGAUGGAUAAAAUCCCCGCACUUACGUCGAGCUUCCAUUCUAGUGGGAGAGACACACAGUCUUGGAAUCACACACAUUUAAAAUGGUAAUGAUUUAAGAGCCAGGUACAUGGUGCCUUGAGAGCAAACAGCAGGGGCAUCUGACCUAGUCAGGGAGGCCAGAGAAAGCUUCCUGGAGGAAGAACCAACUGGGCCGAGAUCUGAAGGGUGUGUAGGAGUUAGCAAGGCAGAGGUGGGUGGGAAAAGCUGUCCCAACAGGGGGAAUAGGCCCCGUGAUGCGAGGGAUCAUGGGACUGACAAAAGACUGGCCUGGCUGCGGCAGAGAAGGCAAGGGGAGCAUGGUGUGAGAGGAUGUAGGAAAGGUAGGAAGGGCCAGACCCCGCGGGCCUUGUUGGACUGGUUAAGGCAUUUUAUCCUAAGAACAUCAAUGAACCAGUGAAGAGUUUUAAGCAGAGAAGUGACAUGAUCAGAUUUGCAUUUCCAAAUGAUCAUCUGGAUGGGAGCAGGGGGAGAACGGAAACAGGGAGACCAGUGAGGAGACUGUUGCAGACAAACAGGCAGGAGACGAUGUUCUGAGGGACAGUUGGAUUCAUUAGCAGUGCUUUCUGCUGCAAAUACCACAGUAAAUCUGGCCAACAGUGCUUUAAAUGAGACUUUCUUUCCUCAUCACGUUUAGGCCUGAAGAAAGGCCACUGCUUGUUUUGGUUCUGUGGCUCAAUGAUGCCAGGCAGGAUGACAUCUCUGCAGUUCUCCAGGCUGUUCCCUCAUGGUGGCCAUGCAGCUGCCCUAGCUCUGGCCAUCGUGGUUGUAUUUAAGCCAAAAGGAAGGGGAGAAAGGGUGGCACUUACAAGCUUCACCCCUUUGGUCACAAAGGCAAACUCUUUCCCAGAAACCCUCAUCAUAUUUUUAAGUGUAUGUCUUUAGCCAAAACUGAAUCAUGUGGUCUCUAUUUACAAGGGAGGCUGGGAAAGGAAAAAGGAGGUUGGGAAUGAGUUUUAGCAAGUUACCAAAGAAUGAUUUGGUGGAUUUGGAAAUAAAUGGACACAUCUAUUCUUUAGGGAGAAAAAUCCAUAGACAUUUGGUGGUGGAUGGGAUUAUUAGUCCCCUCCUCACCUGUUUUUCCUUCUCAUUGAUUGUGUGUGGUCAUGAGGUGGGAAAAGGGGGUGGAGAAAUGGGAUUGUAAAGCAUAAUAUAUAAGAGGAAGCCAGUCAUUAGCUAAACCUUUUCCUUAGGAAAUUCAUAGCUCAGAUAUCCUUUGCCUCCAGUCAUUUGGAUUUGAUUAUUUUGCUUAUUAUUUGGAUACUGGGGAUUUUGGAAAUCCAAAAGAAGCCUUCACCUGAGGUAUUAUUAUAUCCAUUGUGUAAUCUUUUGGAGUUUAUAAAAAUGGUUUCAUAUGCAUUUUAUUAUUCAGUAUUCAUUGAAGUCCUGGCAGAUAUGUGAGCAGGUAUCAUUAGGCUUAGAGAGGGUAGGGCGCUUGUCUGGUGUCACAUCCCCUCUGGUCUCAGAGCCUCUGCUUUUCCACUAGACAGUGCUGCCCUAAGAGAGUCGGGGUGGUCGAAGGUGGGGUGCCUGGAGAUCAGCAAUGAUGGGGGCCCACCUCCUCUGAGAUUAGAGCUGGGAGAACAUGGAUUGACGUCAAAGAGACCGAAGUUCGAGAAGAUCUUGGUGAAAGCUCAGUGGUUUGGCAGCAAGCAGUACCUCUAUGAAGCGGGGGAUAGAGGGUCACCUGGGAAUGUCCACCGCUGGGAAGUCCAGUGAGGUUCCAGCUUGAUGUGACCACAAACAAAGCAAAUAGGAUGGUCUGGGCUUCUGCCAAAGUGGUGUUUUGCACUGUGAGCCUCAGACACAGGUCCUCCCUGGGACAGGAAGAGGAGCAUGCCAUGGAUGAAAGGCCAGGUCAUCAGAGCUUCUUUCCAAGAGUCUUGCUUAUGGUAGCUGCUCAACAAAUGUUUAUGGAAUGGAAUCAUAUUUGAGGGCAAUGAAAAUGCAGUGGCUCAGCACCAUGGACAGAUCACACAGACACCUGCAGUUGGAGGAGCCAGUGGUCCUGAGCCUUCUAAAGUUAGGAUUCUGCCUGGCGGUGAGGAUCCUGACAUCAAGGAUGGGACACCGCGGAUGGAGGUUCCUGGGGCCUGGCCCCCAACACUAUGAAGAGCCUUUGCUGAGGCCAUGAGGGGUUACCAUGGCGACCGAGGCAGCCAUCCCCGCCCAGCCCGCUUUGCUGACCAGCAGCAUAUGGACGUGGGCCCAGCUGCCAGGGCCCCGUACCUGCUGGGCUCCAGGGAGGCCUUCUCCACUGAGCCCCGCUUCUGUGCCCCGAGAGCUGGCCUGGGACAACUUUCUCCCGAAGGGCCACUGAGCCUGAGUGAAGGGCCAUCAGUAGGCCCUGAGGGAGGACCAGGGGGGGCCGGGGUUGGGGGGGGUUCCAGCACCUUCCCCAGGAUGUACCCCGGCCAGGGCCCCUUUGACACCUGUGAAGACUGUGUGGGCCACCCACAGGGCAAGGGUGCCCCCCGCCUGCCUCCUACACUCCUGGAUCAGUUUGAAAAGCAGUUGCCAGUUCAGCAAGAUGGCUUCCACACGCUACCAUACCAGCGAGGUCCAGCAGGGGCUGGGCCCGGGCCAGGGCAGGGGUCUGGCACUGCUCCAGAGCCCCGCAGCGAGAGCCCGAGCCGCAUCCGGCACCUGGUUCACUCUGUUCAGAAGCUCUUUGCCAAGUCCCACUCUCUGGAGGCGCCCGGGAAGCGGGACUAUAACGGGCCCAAGGCUGAGGGAAGAGGCGGCUCUGGAGGAGACAGCUACCCUGGCCCAGGCUCCGGAGGCCCCCACACCUCCCACCACCACCAUCACCACCACCAUCACCACCACCACCAGUCCCGGCACGGCAAGAGGAGCAAGAGCAAGGACCGCAAGGGGGAUGGGCGGCACCAGGCCAAGUCCACAGGCUGGUGGAGCUCCGAUGACAACUUGGACAGUGACAGCGGCUUCCUGGCGGGUGGGAGGCCCCCUGGGGAGCCUGGUGGUCCCUUCUGCCUGGAGGCUCCGGAUGGGUCCUACCGGGACUUGAGCUUCAAGGGGCGCUCGGGCGGGUCAGAAGGCCGCUGCCUGGCCUGCACUGGCAUGUCCAUGUCACUGGAUGGACAAUCAGUCAAGCGAAGUGCCUGGCAUACCAUGAUGGUUGGCCAGGGCCGGGAUGGAUACCCAGGGGCCGGGCCAAGCAAGGGGCUCCUGGGUCCAGAGGCCAAGGCCAAAGCCAGGACUUAUCACUAUCUGCAGGUGCCGCAAGACGAUUGGGGGGGUUACCCCACUGGUGGCAAGGACGGGGAGAUCCCCUGCCGCAGGAUGCGGAGCGGCAGCUACAUCAAAGCCAUGGGGGAUGAGGAGAGCGGAGACUCCGAUGGCAGCCCCAAGACAUCGCCCAAAGCAGUCGCUGCCCGGCGCUUCACCGCCCGCCGCUCCUCCAGCGUGGACCAGGCCAGGAUCAACUGCUGUGUCCCACCCCGGAUCCACCCCCGGAGCUCCAUCCCUGGCUACAGCCGUUCCCUCACCACUGGACAGCUCAGCGACGAGUUGAACCAGCAGCUGGAGGCCGUGUGCGGGUCCGUGUUUGGGGAGCUUGAGUCCCAGGCCGUGGACGCCCUGGACCUGCCUGGCUGUUUCCGCAUGCGGAGCCACAGCUACCUCCGGGCCAUCCAGGCCGGCUGCUCUCAAGACGACGACUGCCUGCCCCUUCUUGCUGCCCCUGCCUCUGUCUCAGGGAGGCCCGGCUCCUCCUUCAACUUCAGAAAGGCCCCGCCCCCCAUCCCGCCGGGAAGCCAGGCCCCGCCCCGCAUCUCCAUCACCGCCCAGAGCAGCACCGACUCCGCCCACGAGAGCUUCACCGCGGCCGAGGGCCCCGCCCGGCGCUGCAGCUCCGCCGACGGGCUGGACGGCCCCGCCAUGGGCGCGCGCACCCUGGAGCUGGCGCCGGUGCCGCCCCGGGCCGGCCCCAAGCCCCCCACACUCAUCAUCAAGACCAUCCCUGGCAGGGAGGAGCUGCGGAGCCUGGCGCGACAGCGGAAGUGGCGGCCGUCCAUUGGGGUGCAGGUGGAGACUAUCUCAGACUCGGACACCGAGAACAGGAGCCGAAGAGAGUUCCACUCCAUCGGCGUGCAGGUGGAAGAGGACAAGAGGCGGGCGAGGUUCAAGCGCUCCAACAGUGUGACGGCCGGCGUUCAGGCAGACCUGGAGCUGGAGGGCCUGGCAGGCCUGGCCACGGUGGCCACAGAAGACAAGGCCCUGCAGUUCGGACGCUCCUUCCAGAGGCACGCCUCUGAGCCCCAGCCUGGACCCCGGGCCCCCACCUACUCAGUCUUCCGCACGGUCCACACGCAGGGCCAGUGGGCCUACCGCGAGGGCUACCCACUGCCGUACGAGCCACCCGCCGCCGAUGGGUCGCCCGGCCCUGCCCCUGCCCCCACCCCUGGCCCGGGGGCCGGCCGCCGAGACUCCUGGAUGGAGCGCGGUUCACGUAGCCUCCCCGACUCAGGCCGCACGUCCCCCUGCCCACGGGACGGCGAGUGGUUCAUCAAGAUGCUGCGGGCAGAGGUGGAGAAGCUGGAGCACUGGUGCCAGCAGAUGGAGCGCGAGGCGGAGGACUAUGAGCUGCCCGAGGAGAUCCUGGAGAAGAUCCGCAGUGCCGUGGGCAGCACACAACUGCUCCUGUCCCAGAAGGUUCAGCAGUUCUUCCGGCUGUGUCAGCAAAGCAUGGACCCCACUGCGUUCCCCGUGCCCACCUUCCAGGACCUGGCGGGUUUCUGGGACCUCCUGCAGCUCUCCAUCGAGGAUGUGACCCUCAAGUUCCUGGAGCUACAGCAACUCAAGGCCAACAGCUGGAAACUCCUGGAGCCUAAGGAGGAGAAGAAGGUCCCUCCGCCGAUACCAAAGAAGCCCCUGCGGGGACGGGGCGUGCCGGUGAAGGAGCGCUCCCUGGACUCGGUGGACCGGCAGCGGCAGGAAGCGCGCAAGCGGCUCCUGGCGGCCAAGCGCGCCGCCUCCUUCCGCCACAGCUCGGCCACCGAGAGCGCCGACAGCAUCGAGAUCUACAUCCCCGAGGCCCAGACCAGGCUGUGACCGGCCCGGCCCGCCCAGCCCGGCCCGGGCCCGCGGUUUUCUACCCGUACUGUACACCCAGCGUCGAGGUCACUGUGAACACGGGCCGCCCCGUGCGCCCGCCCCGCCGGCACCGCACGCCCCGGCUCCUGCUGCCCGUCACACUCUCGUGGGUUUUUUACCUUCCUGACCCCACGCGGAGGCGCCCGGGGUGGGCAGGGGGCCGUGCCUCUCCGCCCUGCGACCCCACCGGGACCCCCUACCACCUGGUCCGACGCUUUGCCCCCACCUCCUCCCUUGGGCACCAUCUCUGCCAUUAUUUCCCCCCACGGGCCAGGCCGGGCCAGGUCCCCCAUCUGGGCUCUGCGUCCCCCCACCCCGCGGGGCUGGGCUUCGUGGGGAUCAAGCUUCGUGGCUUUUUAUGAAGAAUCCCGAACCCCGCCUAGGAGCCCGUCCCACCCUCCCUGGGGCUCCGCCCUCAGCCCUCAGCCCACCGGGCCCAGGGACCACAGUGGCUGGACCAACCCAGGACCAGGGUGCCUGGGCCUCUCCCCUUUCCCAGUGGCUGGGGAGGGGAGAUGGGGGCUUCCCCUCACCACACCCGUGGCUGUUCCCACAUCCCCGUGAGUAUCCCAGGAAAAAUAAAACGCAGAACUGCACUCGAGCCAGCUGCUCUCUCCGGAAGAAGCCACCUCUGCCCCGUGUGUGGGGUCGGCGGGGGUAGAGGGAGAAGGGGGCCAGGAAGCCCAUGCUCUUGGUUUGGGAACAGCAGGGUUGCCUGAGCUCUUCCCAGGGAUGGGCCAGCUGGGGGACAGGGGGUUCGACCCCCUGGUGGCCGCAAUAAAGACCUGGACCCUCCUGGAGGGGUCCAGGUGAGGUGAAGAGGGGAGGGUGUGAAUCUCUCCACUAUGCCUAGUUCACUGCUUCCCGUUCCGCUCCCCGUCCUCCCAGGGCUCCCCAGGAAGGAAGCACGGAGCUCGCCGGGCACACAGCAUGUGCUCAAUAAACAGGGAGUGGUUAUUAUUAGGUAUUGACAAAUAUUGGUUUCCUUUCCCCUAAGGGCACAGUGUUCCUUCCCUCCAGUCAUUCCUGAUCAGCAGCAGAAAGUCUGUUCAGUUGCGUGCUGUCACAUUUUCUGAUGCCUCCUGUAGGUGGGCACCUUGGUGGCAGCUGGGGUGGGGGAAGAGGCGGAACUAAGAACAGAACUCUCCUGAGAAGCUAAAUGGCAACCCAGACCUAGCAUUGCUGGCUGCGAUUUACUGAAUGCUCCAUGUGGGCCAGGCAAGGGGCGAGUGCUUUCCAUGAAUGUAGCUUGUCCUUACGACAGAUGAGAAAGCUGAAGCUCAGGGCAGGUUCAAUGACCGGUCCAAAGCCACAGGGCUGAAAGUGGUGGACCCAGGUCUAAUGCAAAAUCAUGAGCUUUUAUUUCUAGAAAGGGUUUGCUGAAAGUCCCCUCCCAGGAAGCCCCCUUUUCACUCUUGGAGUAGUCCUUUGGGUUAUGUGCCACCCAAGGCAGGAGGAAACCCUUCCAGGGGCUUGGCUGCUAUUCUGGGCCACACUAGUCCAACCAGUUCUUCUCAUUCACUUACUUAUUCAGCAGAUGUUUGUCACUGUCAAGCACCAUGGGAUAGCCUGGAACAAGAUGUAGUUUCUACCUUUAUGGAGCUUAAGGUCUAGUGGGAAAAACAGACAAUUAAACAAGCAGUUAAAAUACAGAGGUGAGUGCCAGAAAGAUGGUUAGGGAUUAGCCACUAAAGGGGGCCUGGGGCUGGGAAGAAUGUUCCAAGAUCCAAGAACAGUUGUGCAAAGGCCUGGACGAGGAAGAGGCAUUGGGAAGAGCACGUUGAGGAGGGUGGGGCUGGGUCCCAACAGCCAUGGGGAGCUGCAGGGAGCCAUAGAAGGGUUGUGAACAGGAGAGGGGCACAGGCAUAUUUUACAGGCUGGUUUGGUAGACUGCUUCUGGAAAGCAGAGAUGGCACCUGCACACCCACAUGAGCCUCCUGGAAGGUGGGGAGGGCUCCAGUGUGAUUUGAAUUCCCAGAAGUGAAUCUGUUUGGAGCUGAUCCCACACACAUUCCUGGGCCUGGUCCAAGACUUAGUGAAUAGGCUCCCUGCCCUUGAAUGAGUUUCUAACAAGUGCCCACUGUGAUUCUCAUGGGCAUACAGGUUCCGGAAGGCUUAGAUUGGAUGACCAUCCACAGGUUUCCUCUAGAAAUGUUCAUUUGUCUAUUUCCCACAGAUGGGCCAAAUGAGGCUUUGGCUAGGUCACUUGACCUCUCUGAGAUUGUUUUCUCAUCUGUGAAAUUGGGACCUGGGCGAGGCUUGAACUACAUGCUACUUAGAGCAAUCCCAUAAAGCUGUUAUUGUUACACCUCGAUUUACAGACAAGGAAACUGUGGCUUGGAGAAGUUCAACAACUUACCUCAAAUCACAAGGCUGGGAAGUGGCUGAGUCUAACCCUCUUUUUAUGGGUCUAAGACUUUUCUCAGAAACUGGGCCAGGUUUCCCAGGAUCAUGAGGUAUAUGGGAGUGGGCACAAAGGAACCGGUCAGCAUCUGCAGCUCUGUGCUUGUCCUGCUGGUGACGCGAUGUCUAAGGUCUCUUCCGGUGGGCUGAUGUGGAAGCAUUUGGUUGCUAGGGCAUGCGUAGUUGUGCUGAGCCACAUGGACAGGCGAAAGAUUAGAUCCAGUCCUUGUGCUUGAGUUGCUCUUGGUCUGG